UCAUAAAGAGUUCAUAGUUCAAAUUAAUUGACACUGUCACAUUCAUCCUCGAAAAAGUUUCUAGUAUUAAUCGUGGAAUAAAACCAUACCACCAUAAAUUUAAAUAAACAAUCUCAUUAGUAUCAUCUGUUUCCUAGUUUGUUUUAACAGUGUACAUGUAUUAUCUUUUUUCAGAUGAAUUUACCAUUUCCAUGGUGAUAAGGUGGAGAACAGACCAAGAACCGAGACAGGAUCUUUUUAUAAAGUAAAUGACGAUAACCGGCCCCCUGUCUCGCCACCGCCACCGGCGGGCCCACUGGGAGUGGGAGAGCGGUGCUCAUAUUGCGAGGAAACUAUGCCGGCGGCCGAAGCGGAACAUCAGCUCCCACGGGAAGCCCCACCCCCACCACAGGAAGCCCCACCACAGGAAGCCCCACCACAGGAAGCCCCACCACAGGAAGCCCCACCACGGAAGCCCCACCACAGGAAGCCCCACCACAGGAGCAGCAGGAACAGCGGGCAGCCCGCCGCCGCCGCAACAUGAAACAGGUGUUCCGUGCGCUACUGAGAUUUGUUGAAGAGGAGCUGGAUUCUGAUUGAUUUUAAUUCUCUGCACUUGCUCUGCUCUUAUUUCUACUGUAAACAGUGUUUUAAUUGAAUUUUAUUCUUGGAAAUCAUGUAAAGUGCUUUUUAAACUUUGUACCUUGUACCUCAUUUUUUUGAGAUAUUCAGAUGAUUUUCUUAAUUUCUUAAUAUGUGAUAAAUAAAAUUGAUUGGCAGUUA